UUGCGCGGGGCCGCCUGGUGAGCUUCAAGGCAAGGGAAGAGGCGGAACUGUUUGCGCGACGGCACGGCACGAUCUCCAAAUCUGACUAAUCUCGACCGCCCGCAAAACUUUCACCAUGCCCCUCGAUACGUCAACGUACAACCUCGCGCUGUUGCGCGUCGACGGACGAAGAUGGAACGAACUGCGCCGUGUGCAUGCCCAAAUUCGCACCCAGGCAGCGGCCGACGGCUCCAGCUAUCUUGAGAUGGGUCACACCAAAGUCAUGUGCGUGGUAACGGGGCCUAGUGAGCCCGGACCUCGCCGCGGCGGCGCUGCUGGUGGCGGCGCCGGCGGUGGAGGAGCCGGAGCCGGCGGCACAGGCGGCAAGGCAGAGGUGGUGGUGGGGAUCGUGAUAGCCGGAUUCAGCUCGGUCGACCGCAAACGGCAUGGGAGAAAUGACAAACGCACUCUCGAGCUCGCCUCAACAGUGGCCAAUGCGCUCGCCGCCAGCCUGCACACGCAUCUCUUCCCGCACAGCCAGAUCAACAUCUCCCUGCACGUCCUCUCGCAGGACGGCUCGCUCCUCGCGGCGCUCAUCAACGCCGCGACGCUGGCCUGCGUCGACGCGGGCAUCCCCAUGACGGACUACGUCACCGCGUGCACCGCCGGGUCGACGUCGACGUACGCGGCCAAUGACGAGGGGGCCGACCCGCUCCUGGACCUGAACCACCAGGAGGAGCAGGAGCUGCCGGGGCUGACGGUGGCCACGCUCGGCGAGACCGACCGUGUCGCGGUGCUGGUGUGCGAGAGCAGGGUCCAGGUGAGCCGGCUGGAGGGGAUGCUGGCCGUUGGGGUGGACGGGUGCAAGCAGAUGAGGGAGAUUCUAGACCACGUCGUCCGCGACAAGGGACGCCGGAUGAUACAAGAGGGGACGGUGGAGAAAGGGGUCGGGUUGGAUGACAUGGAUAUGGAUUAAAUACGAGCGUAACGUUGACGUGUGGAUGGAUGGGACUGGGACUUUGGUUCAUCAGUUCGAAACA